AGCCGGAAGGGGGCAGCAUGGCGGCGGACGGCGCGCCCCCGGCCCGUGGCCUCUUCAAGACCAACUAUGCCGUAUCUCGGAAGAUCGAGCCGUUCUUCAAAGGAGGGAAAAUCCAGAUCAGCAGCGACGGGCGACACAUGUUCUGUGUCUGCGGCAGCAAGCUGAACGUUGUGGAUGUGGCCACGGGGGCCGUGGAGCAGAGGCUGGAACAGGAGGAUCAGGAGGACAUCACGGCGUUCGUCCUCAGCCCCGAUGACGAGGUGCUGGUGACCGGGAGCCGGGCGCUGCUGCUGACCCAGUGGGCUUGGCGCCAAGCCCAACGCACCCGCACGUGGCGGGCCGUCCACUCCGCCCCCGUGGCCUCCAUGGCCUUCGACCCCACGACCACGCUGCUGGCCACAGGAGGCUGCGACGGCUCCGUCAAGCUGUGGGACGUGGUGAGGCAGCACGGGACGCACAACCUCUGCGGCUCCCCGGGCGUCGUGCACCUGGUCGCCUUCCACCCGGACAUCUCGCGGCUGCAGCUCUUCUCCUCGGCCAUGGACUACAAGAUCCGCCUGUGGGACCUGCGCUCGGCCACCUGCGUGGCCGUCCUGGAGGGCCACUACAGCGCGGUCACCUCGCUGGCCUUCGGGCCCGACGGGGAUACGAUGAUCAGCUCCGGGCGGGACAAGAUCUGCACCGUGUGGAACCUGAAGACGAGGCAGACCGAGCGGACCAUCCCGGUGUUUGAGAGCGUGGAGACGGCGGUGCUGCUGCCGGAAGGGCCUGACUUCUCGGCCCUGGGUGUGAAGAACCGGGGGCUCCACUUCCUCACCGCCGGCAGUCGCGGACUGUUGCGCGUGUGGGCGGCGUCAUCGGGAGCAUGCGUGCACCGCCAGGAGCGGGGCCCGGGGCUCCCCGCCGACGACGGCGGGGGCGAGGCGGAGGCCGGCCGCAGCCUGACCCAGUGCGCCCUGGUGCCGGCCGCCGGCCUGGUGGCCGCGGUCACCGCCGAGCACAACAUCCUGCUGUACGACGCCCCGACCCUGCGGCUGCAGAAGCAGUUCGCAGGGCACAACGACGAGGUGCUGGAUGUGCGCUUCCUGGGACCCGACGACUCGCAUAUCGUCGUGGCCACCAACAGCCCCCAGCUCAAGGUGUUCGAGCUGGCCACCUCCGCCUGCCAGAUCCUCUACGGCCACGCCGACACGGUCCUAGCUCUGGAGGUCUUUCGGAAGGGACGACUCUUCGCCAGCUGUGGCAAGGACCGCAGCGUGCGGUUGUGGAAGUUGGGCAAGGCAGGAGCGGUCAGCUGCGUGGCGGUUGGCACCGGACACACCCACGGCGUGGGCACCGUCUGCUGCUCCAGGAUGCAGGAGAGCUUCGUGGUGACCGGCAGCCAGGACUGCACGGUGAAGCUGUGGCCCCUCCCCAAGAUCUCCGGCGCGGGCUCGGGGUCCGGCUUCCUCUCCCUGCAGGCCCGGGCCACCCAGCGGGCCCACGACAAGGACAUCAACAGCGUGGCCGUGUCCCCGAACGACAAGCUGCUGGCCACGGGGUCCCAGGACCACCUGGCCAAGCUGUGGACGCUGCCGGACCUCACCCUGCUGGGGGUGCUCUCCGGCCACCGGCGCGGCAUCUGGUGCGUCCAGUUCUCCCCCAUGGACCAGGUGCUGGCCACCGCCUCGGCCGACAGCUGCGUCAAGCUCUGGGCGCUGCAGGACCUGGCCUGCCUGAAGACGUUCGAGGGCCACGACGCGUCCGUGCUGAAGGUGACGUUUGUGAGCCGAGGGACCCAGCUGCUCUCCAGCGGGUCGGACGGGCUGCUGAAGCUGUGGACCAUCAAGACCGACGAGUGCGUGCUGACCCUGGACGCCCACCAGGACAAGGUGUGGGGGCUGCAUUGCAACCGGAAGGACAACUGGGCCCUCAGCGGGGCCGGCGACGCUUGCGUCGUGCUCUGGGAGGACGUGACGGAGGUGGAGCUGGCGGAGAAACAGGCGAAGCAGGAGGAAGAGAUUUUGAAGCAGCAAGAACUGUCCAACCUGCUCCACGAGAAACGGUACCUGCAGGCCCUGGGCCUGGCCAUCUCCCUGGACCGACCCCACACCGUGCUGACUGUGGUGACCGCCAUCCUGCGGGACGCCGACGGCCAGGAGAAGCUGGAGAAGAACAUCAUGCGGCUGCGGCAGGACCAGAAAGAGGCCGUGCUGAGCUUCGCCGUCACCUGGAACACCAACUCCCGGAACUGCCACGUGGCCCAGGCCGUGCUCGGCGUCCUCCUGCGGCACGAGUCCCCGGACCGGCUGCUGCAGUACCAGGGCAUCCGGCCCGCCGUCGAGGCCCUCCUGCCCUACACCGACCGGCACUUCCAGCGCCUGGGCCGCCUCCUCCAGGCUGCUAUGUUUGUGGAUUUCAUGUGGCAGAGCAUGCGGUUGGCGUCCGGGCCCGCCGUGACCGACGAGCCCCUCUGAUCCCCCUGCCCUGUGGCACCCGCGGACUCGCCCUCCUCUGCCAGCCGGCUUCUCUGAACCCGCUACUUUGCGACGCCCACGGACUCACUUUUCCC